UCUUUUUGUCUAUGGUAGCUGCAAGCUGCUUUGCUUUGCUUUGCUGAAGCUCUAUUUUCAGUCGCUGUUUUUACGUUGUAGUUGUAGAAGGAUUUUUGUUUUUGUUUUGUAGCCGACUUAUUGUUUUUGUGUAAGCUACUUUCAAGGAAAGCAAGAAACGUAAUUUGAGGCUGAAGAAAGAUCCAGACAAGGUCGUUAGUUAUUGGCCUUUGUUUUCGUUUCAGUGGUAGGAUUGUGAAGUGUGUACCAAUUCAAUUCAAUUAAUUUUUUAAUUGUAAUUCAAUCAAAAUGAUAAAAUCCAGAAGUAAACGUGGGCCUUAGUGGUUUUUGUUUGUUACGUAGGCGAAACUCUCUUGGGGUUUAGGUUGUAUAGAACUUUCCAACCUAGAAGUAUUCAUUUGAGGUUAGGAAUACACUCAGUGAUUUGUCUAUAAUGGCACCAGAUGAUCCUGAUGUUCUAGGGCUUUGGGAAAGGGAUAGAGUUCUUGGAACUGGAGGUUUUGGAAUUGUUACCUUAUGGAAUAACAGAAAAACCGAAGACAAAGUGGCUAUCAAGAAAUGUCGGUGGGGUGUAGACAGUCUGAUGACGGCCACUCACAGAGAGAGGUGGGCCCGAGAGGUUGACAUUAUGCAACGUCUGUCUCACUCCAACGUCGUCAGAGCCAUCCCUGUUCCCUCAGACCUGCUAGGGCUCGCUUCCGAACUACCGUUGUUGUGUAUGGAGUUCUGCUCUGGAGGGGAUCUUCGACAGAUCCUGAAUAAACCUGAGAACUGCUGUGGACUGAGAGAGCCAGAGGUUCGAUGUCUUCUCAGUGACAUAAAGUCUGCCGUACAAUAUCUUCACUCUCAACGCAUCACUCACCGAGAUCUCAAACCUGAGAAUAUUGUGCUUCAGGAAAAACCCAACUCCCCGAUGAUUUACAAGCUGAUUGACCUGGGUUAUGCCAAGGAGUUAGACAACAGCAGUGUUUGCUGCUCUUUUGUGGGGACUAUGCAGUACUUGGCUCCAGAAUUCUUCUUGAGCUCAGGUUACACGUCGUCAGUAGACUAUUGGAGUCUGGGAUUGGUGUCCCACGAGGCGAUCACAGGAUUGAGACCUUUCCUGCCAAAUUCCACGUCCCCUGUAGAUUGGAUACCAAAGGUUGAGAAAAAGUCACCAAAUGAUAUUUGUGUUUAUGAGGAACCCGGAACUAAGGAUGUGAAGUAUAGUCAACAGCUGUUUGUAGAAAAUCAUAUUUCUAGAUGUUUAAGAGAAGAAUUAGAGAGGUGGUUACGACUUGCUCUGCAGUGGGACCCCAAGAAAAGAGGACGAACACACGACAACCGACUGGAUAUAUUCAACCUGCUCGAUCAGAUACUGUGUAAAAAAAUUGUGACUGUGUUUUGUGUCAACAUAUUGGCUAGUCAUAGCUACCUAGUAGACAGUGCUACAGCGGUCUCUACCCUGCAGCUGUGGAUUGAGAGAGACACCAAACAACCAGUCAAUGAUCAGCUGUUGCUGUUACCAAGUGGCAAACAGCUGACGAACAACAACCUUGCUGUGGACUGCUGGAACCCAAAUGAAAUAACGAUGUUGUACGUGUUUAGUCAGUCGUCCUUCACGUUACCAAGUGUUAACAACGCCAAGGACAGAGUCCCUGGGCUGGUGCGUUGGCUCAUGGAACAUCCAAAGGAUGAACUAGAAUAUCACCAUCAGAAGACAGUAUGGAGACAUGCAGUGUUCUUCCUACAGCAAGAGCAUGAUUUGUACCAGCUCUUCAUAGAGGCUUAUGCUGUCAAAAUGUUGUCAUUACUAGAGCAGAGCUACGAGCUGUCCCAGAUAGAACUCUCUGUUAGUACAGAAGUAGAACAUCUGGUGGCGAUGCAGAGAAUGUCCUCAGAAACACUAGAGUUUGACAACAAAUGCUACGGCCGCCAUCUCAGCAUCAUCACUGCUUUGGCUGGUCUGGGCAAGAUGAUGAGUGGCUGGGCUCUGGAGAUGAAUGGAUUGGCUCAGAGAGUGUCUAGUUAUCAGGAGGCUCUAACUUCUAUGAAGGGUAGAGUGAGGGAAGCCCAGCAGAUUACUGCCAUGCUCCAAGAAUACAGAGAUCCUGGCCUAGAUGAUGUGUUAGGGUUUGAGUGUUGGAUGACAGAGGGAUACAAGUGCUACGACAAUCUGCGUAAACGUAAAGAUCGCAUAGCAAAACACCAAUCCCUGGACAUGGCACGUAUAGUCUACAAGUGUUUUAAGCAGAUAGAUAUCUCUGCCCAGAAUCAGUCGUUUGCUGACCACUUGAUGCAACUAAUGAAGUGUGAAUCAGAGAUCAUAAGUCUUCUGAAGGCGCUGGGCUCGCUGAAGCAGCAAGUCAGCAAGAGUAAAGUAGAUGUGAUGCGAUGUCAGUAUCUGAGGCAGAAAGAAACUUGGGCUUUAGUCAAGCGACUGGCUGGACAGGUACAACAAACACAGAUAGACACAGAAACUGGAGCUGGUAGUAGUUUGUCAACAGCUGUAUCUCCCCCGUCUCCUCAGCCACCUCCGCUACCUCCUCAUAGAGACACCAGUCCUUUACUAAACCAGGUACAAGUUCCACCUGCAACUACUGUGAGCACUUCAGUGAUGUCUCAACUACCUCUUAGCUUGUCUAGUGGCAGCAGCACAAACCCUACAACACUACCAAGUCCAUCGGUUGACCUUCAAACACAAAUGGCAGCGUUGAGCCUUGCUUCUACAAGCACAACCCAAGAGACAUCAAACAUUACUCACAAUCGUACAACUUCCCACAGUCAAACUGCAUCGGACAUGGCUUCUAAUUUGAAGCGAAAUAAUAGUGAACCAAGUCAAAACACUAGUCAAACAUCGAGGAAUGGAAGUCAAAACCCAGUUAACAAGAGUGGGCUGCUUAAGCCAGGGUUUGACUUGUCUUCUCGUCAACAACCAUUGACACAUACACCUGCUGUGCCCAGGAGUCUUUCUAUACCUACGACUUUAGUGCUGCCAAAGUCACCACUCGACUCUGAGAGCCUCAUACAGGACAAUAUCAAUAUUAGAUAUGCGAUGCAGGAUUCGAUCCUCAGUUUUACUCAGUGUAGCAACUCAAUCACAUACAAUGACCUUGACUGGAGCUACUUGGACACUGUCAGUAAGUAACCAUAAGGAGAAUGAAGUUAUUGAAAUGAUGAGUGAAGCAAUUUUUUCUCUUGUGAUCAUGCCAAAUAAGUUUUGCGAGAAGAAACAUACUGCAUUUAAAGCAUUGCCAUUGAAUAAGGGAAAUGUGCCAAAAACAUGUAGGUUUAGUUGAAAAUGGCUAAUUUCAAGCAAAAAGGAAGGCAAUAUAGAUUAUUUUAAAAAAUGAAAUAGAUUUUGCCUUUACCUUUUUUUAUAAACUGAAAUUGAGAGCACCAGAUUAGCCAAUAAGAGAAAAAAGAAUAUAAUUUGGCUUACAGCCAUGAUAAAUUGUAAUUGUUUAAAGAAGCAAUUGUACUAAUUUAAUUAACUUGCAGAAUCCAGAUUAGACUAAUAUCAAGGGGAAAAUUAAAAUAAUUAAAAUAUCCGAUGAGAAUAAAAGUUGAAACUGUUUGCAAUCCAUUUGAAUUAAAAACAUUAUUUAUGUAUCUUAGGCCCGAUUUCACCAAAUUCUCGCUAACGAUGGUUUAAUUAAACUUCGGUUAAAACUAACCGACGAUUUAAACCACAGUUAAGGAAAUCUGGUUUCACCAACGAAAACGCGUCAAAACUAACGCUAGUUUUAUAAACGAGAGUUUAGAGUAAAAUCCAGGUGGCAGUGGCAGUGAACUGUCAUAAUACCGGGCUGUUACGGGAGCAAGUAAACAUAACCUAGCAAAUAAAUCAGUGUUUAUGAGGUAGUGAAAACAAAACUGGAGACAGAAAGCUUACAGAAAUACAACAGAUUCUGAGCAAAAUAACAGAAAGCAAGAAUAAAUACCAAAACAAUUAACAUAAGCAAAUAAAGGCAAAGCAAUGUUGAUCAAACAUAUUCUAGGAACAAAUUGGUUGAGUUUUGCACUCAUCAAUCCAACUUUUUACAGGGAUGUUCAAUAUUCUGUUUGUUCACUAACCAGUUUGGUACAUUUGAAGUAGUGAAAAAACUGGAGUCAAAAGAAUUACAAGAGCGAGACAUAAUGUAGAUAACACCAAAAUAAUUAUUUUCUAUAAAAUACUAGCAGAAUUAUGACAAUUUAGGUUUAGAUUUUAGUUUACUUACGUCUGACCGAACGCAAAACAAUUGUUUGAACGUUGGGUUAGGGUUACCCAAAGCCGGGAGAAAGAAAGGGAGCCUAUUUUUUUUCGAACAAUGAAAUAAUAAAUUUGAUAAUGUUGGUAGAAGAGCCGGGACACUCUUUUUUAGCCGAGAUAAAAGAGUACAGAGUACGGCUCUUGAUCGCCAAUCAGUUCAAUGCGGUCGCUGAUCACAUAUACGCCUUAACUAAAAGCCUUGUGGGAUAACCUAAAGCAAUGAACUAUGUGGGAUAGCCUAAACACAAACCACUACAGUGGUUUGUAUUCAUUUCCUAAAGAGAAAUGCUAAACGUCUUGAUAGUUCAUAUCUAAUAAUAAAAUCAAUUUCAUCUUUGUUAUUAAAAUCAUUAACCCUUUCUCUUAUCCACCUAGUUAGGCGAACAACAUAGGCCACUUCAUUGCCAUCACUUACUUUCAAAAGCUAAUUCGUACCUUAUUCUCUUCUACCAUUUCGCCUUUCCAUAUAAACUUUAAACUUAAAGCCAGCUGAUAUUUACUUAACGAAAGAUUAAAGAAGUUAACCGGUCAAAAUUGGGCAGUUAAUUAUCUAACGACGGUUUAGUCUAAACUAGCGCUAACGGCAAGUGGUGAAAUCCGAUUUCGUCAGUUAAGAGCUAACUGCAGUUAGAGCAAGGCUUAACGGCGGUUUAAAAGUUUGGUGAAAUCGGGCCUUAAUAAUAAAAUCAAUGAUUGAUUAUUGUAGCACUUUUCAACAUAACUUUUGCAACUUUCACAAUAUCAUUCUUGUAGGUACAUCGAGCGCAUAAACUUAUUCAUGCUCAUUUUUAUUUAAUUUUUCAAAGUUUCAGCUAAAUACUAUUGACUGAUCAGAAGAAAAAUCUGUAGAGAUUUUAUAAAGUUUUGGUGUAUAGAAUAAAGGUGGGUAACAUUAUUUUGAUAAAAAUAGUGCUAAUAUUCUAAUUAGUCUUAAGAUUAUUCUUUUGCUACACUAUAAAUAAACGUAAGGUUUACUCUUAGGACAGAAAAUAGAAUUAUAUAAAUAGAGGUAUGUGGAUGAUGAUUGGAGUGUCCAAUUGAAAUCCACCACCACUUACCAUCUUUUGAACUAAAACUCACAUUUGGCUAUCAGGGAUGGUAAAAAUCCUCACUAAUAUCUGAAAAAAAAUGAUCAAUCUAAGUCAUAGAUAUGUGCAAUACAAUUUACAUUUCUUUUGUAGGGUUGUUUUUGCAGAGAUAAGUACGGUAUUUCAUUAUUGUUAGUUUUAUGCUAUAAAAUUAAAAAAGGCAGUUACAUGUAAUAUGUCCAAUAUUAGAGUAUAAGAAUAUGGCAUAAUGUCCGAUUCUAAAUCUAUAAGAAAUAAUGAAAGAAAUUAGGAUUUCACUUCACUUGUGUAACUGUAAACUAAACCUUUAGAUUCUAUAUUUUUGAGGGUUUUGGAUUUUCAACUUUUGAUUGUCAGAAAUCACCAAUCUAAAUAAAGGCUAAACACAAUGCGUAAAUGUAAACUCCUCAGAAUAUGGGUCGUUCAGUAAUGCCACUACAGGAAUUUUUGUACGGAGGAUGUGGAUUCUGACUAUUUUAUUUAAGGCCAAUUUCUGUAUUUCUUUAUUUUUCAAAGUUUUAUUUGUGGUAGAUGAUUUUUGUGGCUAUUUUCAGUAGUUGAAUAAUCCAGUUAGUCUAUUUCAUUAUUUGAUACCUUUGGUUUAUAUGGAUAGUUUUUGACUGUUUAAGGGGUUUUUAUUGGGGAUAACAAUAAAAAAGUGCUUAAGUCAUGAAAGGCGGGGAAAGAUUCCUGAAUUUAGAGACAAGCUACAUGUUAACGUAUACCAUACCUGUAGGUAAGUAUAUUUUAUCAUGGGAUUUAAAAUGUUUUUGCAUUGGUUAUUUUCUCUGUUUCUCCUAAAUGUUUUCUAACCUCAAUCUUUAAGCUAUUCUAGAUUCCAGUUUGCAAUGGAUGUCGGUUUUGUCAUGUCAUUGAACAAAGUACAAAAUGCUCAAAUAACCAAAAAGUGCCUUUUACUGGACUCUUUGAUAGCAUUUAUACAUUGUUAUUUGAACAUUGUGGAUUGUUUAGUAGUAUUUAUGAGGUUAUGUUCACUUUUAUUAUUAGUCUUUGUUUCAGUAUUGUAUUUGUACCUUUGUUUGAACUAUUUGGUAAUUUGGAGACAAUUCUUGAUAAUUUUAUAGUUUUCAAAAUUGAUUAUUGUUUGAUUAAAGGAGAAGUAAACUAUUUUAUAGGCAAAGAUUUACUGACUUUUAAUUUAAACUGACUCAAUUUAAAAGAUUUACUAAUUGAAUUGUCAAAGGCUGAUUAAUCUAGUCUAUAAAAAUGGUUUUAUAUGUAGUUUACUUUAGUUAGAACCAGUUUUGAACUAUUUUAUAAAGCAGCGACUGUCAUUCUUAUUGGACAUUUUUGCAAGGUUUUUUUUCUUUUUCAGAGAAGUAAUAUAUUAAUUCUCUGAAUUUCUAUAAAAUAUUUUCAAUAGAACCAACUGAAACAAUAUACAGAUUAGUUAGUAAAAUAAAAAUACUAUACUUACAAUUAAUUAAAAUGAUAGUAAAUAAUUGUUUUAUUCUCAUGUAUCAUUUACUUGUUUGUACAUUAAUUAUGAUAUACUGUAUAAUAUGU